AUGCCUGCCUCUUUGACCAUGCAUACAACCAACUCUCAAGACUCUCUCACAUCAAAUAUGGCUAGCACCACAUUACGACCUGUCAAACAUGUCCGCUUCGCUGCAGAACUUGCCGUCGAUGAACGAGCCACUUCAAUUUCCUCGGAUUCUUUGUCCGAUUCAUACAAGGACUGGUCUCCUCACGCACCAACGAGUUCCGUCAUGUUUCACAGCACACAUGGCAACAGCGAGGAUAGACACUCGAGCACACGACACACCAUUCCUUAUGGUUCAUCUCGACGAGAAUCCGUAGAGGGUUUCGAUGAUAUCAGGCGCCGAUGGUCAAUGGAAUCACUGUCUGAAGAAGCAUCCGCUGUUGAUGACGAGUAG